AUGCCCCUCCAUGCUCGCCCUGGAGGCUGGUCACUCAGGGACACAUACGCUACAUCAAGGUCAAUUUCGACCCAUCCGCGGGCAGCCAAUUCCCUCUCGUCCGCGAGCACCACCGAGCAGAGAAAUGGCAGCACGACAGUGACUACUCCUCAUACAAAUCGCCGUGACUUUCACAAUUACUUUGUCACGCAUCUGCCAUCAUCUUCGCUGCAUCCCGACUCCAGGAGCGCGCCUGGGCUGCACCACAAGCUCCCAAGAGAUGCCGCCGCACCUCAUGUUCCCGGUCCGGGUUCUGCGCCCGCCGUAGCGCCUCCAAACAUACCGACCACGCGCGAGCUGACGGUUGUGCGAAUCCCAUUGCGUAGUGCCAAACACCAUUUCGGUGCAGCAGAGUCCCGGGGCCAACGGCCAUACAAUGAGGAUACGAACCAGGCUGGGACGAUUGAUAUGCCGGCGUUCGCAAAGAGGGCACCUAUCAGCUUGGUUCGAAGUAAAAUGAAGAAAAGUGGCGAGGGCACGUCUGCAGACAGUGCAUUCGGCGAUCCCCAAAUCUUUUACUUUGCCGUGUUCGAUGGCCAUGGUGGAAAUCAGUGCAGUGACUUUUUAAAGGCAGAGCUCCACGGCUAUAUUGAGGAGGCGGCUGCCGAGUUCGAACUCAAGAGCAGUCUCAAGGCACACAGGACUCACGGCCCUGCAGCAGCACCCAAGCAGACUCUCCCGACUCCUAUCCUGGCAGAUAGCGAAGCUGGUGGUGAGAGAGGUCUCGACAAAGUAGAGAUGAAGGACGCCUCUGAAGUCAAGCACAAGGUGGAUAUUCCAAUCACCAAGAACGGCGAAAUCGAGGAAGUCGAAAAAGCUGGCUCAAUUGAUGGCUCAGAACCAAGACCUGUCCCAGCCAACGAGUCAAAGGCUCUCCGACUACAAAAGGAGCUUCUCCAGGAAUACAAGGAGUUGGUGGGCGGUUAUUUUCGUCGCUGCAGCCCCGAGCAUUUCAGUCUACAGCAUGAUCCAGAGUCUCCCGAACCACCUGUAACCAUUGAAUCUGUCUUGACCUACGCCUUUCUGCGGGCUGAUCUGGAUUUCAUUGCCGCGCAAGCCCGCAAGCCGGAUCCUGAUGACCCAUACAUCUCGGAUACUGCUCUCAACAAGGAUGAUGUCCUGGGUUCACCGAGUCAUAUGCCACCUUCAGGACACGGAAUCGGAGGCAAGUCGCGCUUCAAAGGUGGCUCAACAGCAUCUGUCGCCCUGAUAUCGACGCCCACGCCCGCCCCAUUCUGGCACCCUGCAGCGUCAAGUACCUUGUUGGUCGGUCAUGUUGGUGAUACCCGUAUACUGCUCUGUGAGACGGCAACUGGGCUGGCAAAACCCUUGACAAGUGACCAUCACCCCAACUCGCCCAUCGAGUCACACCGUCUGCGACGUUUUGCGGCUUCAUUUGUUACCGACUCAUUUGGCGAGGAGCGCAUCCAGGGCCUUGCAAAUUCCCGAGCGUUUGGCGACAUUGGAUCCAAGCGACUCGGCGUCUCUGCUGAGCCCGAGAUCACCAGGACAGAAUUGGGGCCCGCGCAAUACAGCUUCCUGGUCUUGAUGUCAGACGGCGUUUCGGGCACUUUGAGUGAUCAGGAGAUUGUAGACGUCGUCAAGGAGGCAAAAACUCCUGAGCAAGGCGCCAAAGAUGUCGUGAGCUACUCGACCGAAGUCACAGUUGAUGGUGACAACAGCACGUGCGUGGUGGUGCGGCUCGGCGGAUGGGAGAGAAGGAGUGAGGGAGGAACUGGCAGUCUCGGUACCAAGGAGAUUCGAGACUAUAGACGGCAGGAAGCUUUGGAUCCAAGAAGAGGCCGUCGGUAA